AUGUCUGCCAAGAUCACUUUGGACAAGGACACUAAGCAGAAGCUCGAUGACUACAGAACAUCUGCAACACUGACUGGGGAGCAGAUUGUCUUCAAGACGUUCCCGAAGAAGCUUCAAGACUUCGUGGACUCCACGUCCAACCCCCAGUCACCUUUCCAUCUGUCGAAUGCCUCCCAUUCUACAGACGCUACUGUCUACCCCACACCCUCGACCACUGAACCAGACUCCAAGAAGAGGAAGCUUGACUCCGGAGCAGUGAAAAACGGCGUGGCUGCAUGCUCAAGCAAUGACAUUCAACACGCCAAACAUCCCGGGAUGAUGCUUUCCAACAAGCAUAUGAUUGCAGUCCACGAGACCCUCAAGCGCGAGUGCGAGAUUCUGGUCGACCUUUGCGACAAAGUCAAGUUGUGGAUCAAUCUCUCUAUGCCAAACGGUGAUAAUUUCGGUGUUCAAAUUCAGGAAGAUUGUUUGUCCGAGCUUCACCGCUCCCAGGAAACGGCACUCAACCUCCGCGAUGCUGCCCGUCAAGACUACCUCACCCGCGCCAAGAUCUGCACCAAGGUCAUGAAGUACCCGUUCGUCGAGGAUUAUGCGUUGUCUUUGAAGGAGCAUGAUGAAAGGCAGUUGUUCAUGGCCCGACAGCAGCUUCAUGACCUGAGGAGCGUCUACGCGGUAUUGACUGACAUCUUGCACAAGAACAUCGACAAGAUCCGUUCGCCCAAAGGCAACAACUCUGGUACUAUGUACUGA